CUGAGUUUGUGAUUAUGGGAAAUCAUCCAUUUAGUAUAGUAGAAGAAGUAAAAUUUCGAGAUAUUAUUGCUAAAGGCUUUCCUAAAAGAAAGUGUAUUUAUCGGAAAACUCUCAUGCAUAAAAUAUCUACAACAGCUAUUAAUAUGAGAGACUCAUUAAAAAAUAAAUUAACGUCAACAUCUGUAAAAUAUGUAUGUGUUACUACUGAUGGUUGGUCUGUUUACAAAAGAAGCUACAUUGGAAUGACUGUUCAUUGGUUCAAUUACACAACUUUAUUAAGAGAGUCUGCAGUUUUAGCAUGUAAAAGGAUUAAAGGAAGGCACACAUAUGAUGUUAUUACAAAAAUGAUUUGUAAAGUAUUCUGCGAAUAUGGCAUCACAAAUAAAGUUACUAGAGUUGUGACGGAUAAUGGAUCAAAUUUUGUUAAAGCAUUUCGAGUUUUUGGGUCAGAGAUGAAGACUGCAGCAGAAGUAUGGUUGGACCAAAUUGAACAUGAAAAUGAUAACAGUGAUGAUAGUGAUGGUGAUGAAGAUGCAGAAGAUGGUAUAGAAGUAAUAGAACUGGAUUCUAUUUUAAAUAAUACUGAUGAUCAGGAUAUUGCAUAUAGUUUACCACCUCAUCAUAGAUGUGCUAGCCAUACCUUAAAUCUUGUUGCUACAAAAGAUAGCGAAAACGCAUUGUCUAAUGUAUUAUACAAGAAACAAGCAAGAUCAACUUUCGGAAAGAUGCAAGUACUUUGGAAUAAACAGGAUAGAUCAAGUCAAGUUGCUGAUGAAAUUCAUGAUUCGCUCAAUAAAUACAUUCAAAUUCCUAAUAUGACCCGUUGGAACUCUACAUUUAGAGCUGUUCAGUGUUUAAAAGACCAAUUAAAGAAGGAUGAAGAAAAAGUCCUAAAAAUUUGUGAUGUUGCAAACAUACCAAGAUUCGAUAAAAAAGAUAGAAAUUUUAUGACUGAUUAUUGCAUAGUUAUGGAACCCUUGGUAAAAGCACUCGAUAUUUUGCAAGGAGACAAAUCAGUUUGUAUGGGCUAUCUUCUACCAACAAUUAAUUGGUUAUCCAAACAAUUAGAAGAAUUGAGUUUAACUGGUGGUUGCUGCAAAGCUUUAGCUGCUGCUUGUGCCCAAGGUGUGGAAAAGAGGUUUAAAAAUAUGAAAAAAGAUAGUACAAUUAUUUUAGCGGCAGUAUCACAUCCAAAAUUUAAACUAAGAUGGCUGAGCGGAGAUGAAAAAAAGGAAGCAAAUGAUUUAUUACAAUUGGAAAUUGAUGCGACUCCAAAUUUUGACAUAAAUGAUGGAAUUAGUUCAAAAUUGCCUCAAGGUGAAGACGAAUUUCUCUUCAAUGAUGAAGAUGUUGAAGAACCAUAUCCAGAAAUUGAUCGAUUUAUAAAAGCUCCUUAUACAUCUGAUCUCACCAUGCUAAAUUCAAUGACAAUAGUCAAAGAUAUUUUUAUUAAAUACAACACAGCUUUACCAUCAAGUGCUUCUGUAGAGCGAUUAUUUAGUGUUGCAGGGGACAUUUGUUCUAAGAAAAGAUCACGUAUGAGCGAUAAAAACUUUGAAGACACUUUAUUUUGUAAAGUAAAUUUAAAAACAAUAAAUAAAUAAAUAAUAAUAUUGUAUAAUAAAAAUGAAUAAAAAAAAAAGGUUUUUAUUUA